AGAGAAGAACUUUACAUUAUACGGCUGAGUCUACUUCUUCUGAAGAGGAAAUUACUAAUAGUAGUUCUCAGUCCGACUGUAGCAAUACAGAUGAUAAUGUUAAUGAUGGUAGUUUUACCCAAGAGACAGAAGAAAUUGUAUCUAUAGUAUCUGAGGAAGAAAAUCAAAUUCUAGUAUCUGAGGAAGAAUCGAGUGCUUCCAUGUUUCAGUUCUUUAGUUCUAAUCCAUUUGAAUGUUCUUUAUUGGAUUCAAUUGUUAACAAAAAGUUUAUGUUUUUAACCUUGUUGUAUUUAAUGAUUAGCAAUUCAUUUACUGAAAUCGCAUUUGAUAGAUUUUUGAAGACUUUGCUGAUUUUUCGCUGUAUAAAUGACAUGCCGUCAUCUCAUAAAAUGAUUCGUAGAUUUGUUACUAAAAAUAUAUUCUCCCAUACUGAACCAACGCAUAAAUAUUAUUGUCAUAAUUGCUGCACAGCUUUAGUUGACACGUGUAAAAUAAAUACUCAUUGUUCAUCCCAUAUCUUUAUAUUGGAUAUCAUAAUGGUGAAUUUGGAUGUCACUAUUGCGAACAUCCUGGUAGAACAAUUGAAAGAAAACAUGGUUCCGCUAGAAUUUAUUCACAUUCAGAUACAAAUUAUAAUCUUAAAACAUCUGAAAUGUAUGCCAUAUAUGCUAGAUUAGCCGAAAAAUCAAAAGUAUCUGUAUUUGGAAUUAAAGGCUCAAACAUCUUUAGUGACAUUUCAUUUAUUAAAGUGCCAGAUAUGAUACUUAUUGAUGUGUUACAUUUGUUUUACGAAAAUUGCUCAAAAAAGCUUUUAGUUUGUUUAUUUUCUGUUACCAAUAAACACGAAUCAUUUUUUAUUGGUAGUGCAAAAUUAAAUGCUAUGGAAAUCUUACUUGCUGAUCAAAAAAUGCCACAUAACAUGCCCAAGCCAUUAACUAUUAAAUCAUUCACACAUUGGAAAGGCCAUGACUUUAAAAACUUUAUUUUAUACUUAGCAGUUCCAUAUUUUUUACCAUAUUUGAAUCCUGACUGCAUGAUGAUGAUUUAUUCUCUAGUAAUUGGUAUGCGUUUGUGUAGCAGUGAAAUAUGUUUAGAUAAGGUGUUGCUUAUUAGUCAGCUGUUUAACUUUUAUCAAAAAUCAUUGUCUGAGUUGCUUUCUUUAUAUAUGAAUACUAUAAAUGUUCAUUUGCUUGGUCAUGUUAGCGAUAUUAUUAAAAUGCAUGGAAGUGUUACAAAUUACUCAAUGUUUUGUUUUGAAGCUCGGCUAAGUAAUUAUAAAAAAAUGAUGAAGGGAACACAUGGUCAUCCACAACAGAUUGUACAAAAAUUUCUUGACUUCAAAACAGCUUCUUGUUUUUUGCAAACAACAGAUCAUCCUAAAAAAGUUGAAGUUUGUAAAGCAUUAAAUAUUGGCAUUAUUGAACAAGAAGAAUUGCAGUUGUUAAAUCCGGGCAGAUUGUUGAAACAUGGUAUUGUUUACCAUUCAAAAGGUUAUGGCAAACAUAACAGCUACACUUGUCAAUUUGGACAUAAUAAGUUUGGUAUCAUAUUAGAUUUUCCUUUAGUUGACAAUGUAAUACAUGUUCAGUUACAACUAUUGAAUGUGAAGUGUAAGUUAGUUUCUACUUUUGGUGAUAUGAUUGGAAGUUUGGAAAUUAACUUUGAUGAUGACUUUUUUUUUAUUGUUGAACAAACAAAAAACAUUGUUGUUAUUUCAGCUGACACUUUAGUCUGCAAAUGUAUAUUAAUUAAAAGUAAAUUAAAUACAAAAGAUGUAUUAAUUUUGACACCAUUGAAAGAACUUUUCGAAUAUGCUUAGGGUGGCUAAAUGUAAAUUUUGUAAUUAAUAAAUAUGCUUCACAUCA